CCGCUCCAUAGCUGUAGUGCAGAGCAGCCUGCGGGAGAAGAGACUUUCAGGCCCUGAAAAAAGAAAAAAUACUGAAAAAAAUUGGAAAAAAUAAUAAAAUCACAUAUCGAGGAGAGAAAGGCUCAGAAAGGCAACGUGGGAGAUCCCACGGAAGGUGAAGAUGUGCAGCAGUACUUCUUGGUCAUCCCCAACUGCCACUGUUGGGACUGGGUGAGCGGGCUGUCGUGGAGGAGCGUUGGUGAAGAUUUGGGUGACUUGCUGCUUUCCCUGAACUGGAUCAGACCCAGCCCAGGAGCCUCCUUGCGCGAUUCAGUCUAACCCAGUCUGAUCACACAGCGCAGCAGCCAAGAGAGAGCCUGGAAGGCAGGGGUGUAGCGUCCGGCUUUUCAUGGCACCAGCCCCUUAAGGCUGCCAUGGCAGCAGCUGCCGCUGAUGUCCAAGGUCAGAUUACCGCACUAACGCAGGAGGAAGAGGACGCGCGCCCUGUUGGGAAGGCGCUGCGAGCAGAGAGGGAAGCCAGGACCCCCAGGACUAGCGAGUGUGAGGUGUGUGGGGUGCUGUUUAGCUCUCGGGACAAGCUCCGAGUCCACGCCUACAGCCACACCGGAGAGAAGCCCUUCCGCUGCUCCCAGCCCCAGUGUGCCAAGGCCUUCGUCUCCAAGUAUAAACUCUUCAGGCAUAUGGCCACACAUUCUCCUCAGAAGACACACCAGUGCACGUUUUGUGAGAAAAUGUUCCACCGGAAAGACCACUUGAAGAACCACCUGCAGACCCACGACCCCAACAAGGAGGCCUUCAAGUGUGAGGAGUGCGGCAAGAACUACAACACCAAGCUGGGCUACAAGCGCCACGUGGCCAUGCAUGCUGCCACUAGCGGAGACCUGACCUGCAAGGUGUGCCUGCAGAGCUAUGAGAGUACGCCCGUGCUGCUAGAGCACCUCAAGAGCCACUCGGGCAAGUCCUCGGGUGGCGUGAAGGAAAAGAAGCACCCCUGUGACCACUGCGACCGCCGCUUCUACACCCGGAAGGACGUGCGCCGCCACAUGGUGGUCCACACGGGCCGCAAAGACUUCCUAUGCCAGUACUGUGCCCAGCGCUUCGGCCGUAAGGACCACCUGACCAGGCACGUCAAGAAGAGCCACUCCCAGGAGCUGCUAAAAAUCAAGACGGAGCCGCCUGACAUGCCUGACAUGCUGGGGCUGCUCCACUCCAGCUCGCCCAUCUCCGUGAAGGAGGAGCUCAGCCCCAUGAUGUGCAUGCCUCCUUGCAAAGACUCCAUGAUGGGCAAGCCCUUUGCCAGCUCUUUCCCCAUGAGCAUGUACAACCAGCACCUGCAGGCCAUGUCCAACUCUGGGGUCUCUCACACCUUGGUGCCCAGUUCUCUAGCCACCAUGGGCAUGGGCUGCCCCAUGGAGUCACCUUCCCCCAUCCACCACCACUCCCCACCUCCGCAGCAGCCCCCACCACACAAGUACCAGCUUGGAUCUACCUCAUGCCUGCAGGAGAAGCCCAUCAAAGUGGAGAUGGAGAGCUUCCUCAUGGAUUUGCAGAGUGGUCUGUCUGUAGAGUCUCACCCGUCUCCGCCCAAGGUCGGGCUGGAACAUCACCAGUCCCUGGACGACCUUUCCGGGGAGCACCUCCUGUCCAAAAGCCCGGCCAUCAUUGCCGAAUCUUUCUGUGCUGCUAACAUGGACUUCUCACACCUGCUCAGCUUCCUGCCGCUGAACCUCCCUCCUUACAACCCCCCUAUGUCCACAGGGGGGUUAGUCAUGGGCUACUCUUCCCAAGGGGAGCACCAAUCUCCCCUAACCUCUUUGCAACCUCAACUUCAAGAGUCCCAGGGAUCUGGGAGUGGCUUAAACCUGGGGCCUCUCCACACCCUCCCUCCUGUCUUCACUACCAGCCUCAGCACAACCACCUUGCCUCGUUUUCACCAGGCGUUUCAAUAGGCCUCCGCUACGAGGGGGAAGCUCUUUAAAAUCCCCCUCACCGUGUUGAAGACUUGAUAAGGAGCCUUACUAAAGCGCACAAAGCUUUCUUUAGCCGGAGGAAGCUAAAUCUUUUUUAUUAAGAAGCUUUUAUAAGGCUUUGUUUGUUUUUUCUUUUAAUAGAUAGAAUUGAUUCUUUAAUAUGGAGGUACAGUACUAUAAACUUAUCAAAGACUAGUAAUAGUACAUUUUAUGAUGUUUCUUUCCUCUUAGAAGACUUUCCCUAUAGCUUCUCGAAGUGGCAGUUCAUCACCUGCGUGUUAUUGUUCUGCAGUUUUUUUUUUUUCCCUACAGGAUACAUCAUGAAGAAUUAGUGAACGAAUGAUAACUACAUCAACCGUUUGAAAUCUCACCUCUUCGGGCUCAGUUUCUUGGUCCACUAGCGUGCUUUCAACACGCAGGGUAUCAAAUAACCUGACAAAAAACAGACCUACAGACAAACAAUUCAAAUACUUUACAUCUUCUAAGACUGGGAUGUAUACUUUAUGUAAAAAAAGCACGUUUUCCUUCAUCAGCCAGUGCAUGCAAACAUGUGUAUUCAAUGUUUUUUCACUGGCAGUAUAGAAAUACAUGUAUCUGGUUCAUGUAAACUGCUGUUGUGGAAACAAGCAUUUAAAUACAAUACUGCCAAGGAGAAAACUGGAAUGCACAUGGUGGUAAAAAAAAUUGUAUUUCAUAACUACACAUGGUAAAAAUAAAUAUUUCAGGUGAAUGUCAGUGUCAGGAAACCAAUGCUAGCAAUAAACAUUUGUGAAUGUUGUAAGACUGCUAGCAUCAUAGUGUAACUCCACUCCAGUUCCAUUUAAACUCCCACCUGUUUGGAUUAUUUUUGAAAUCAUAAGUUCAAAUCUAUUUGGAGGCCAAAUACAGUAGUCUUAUACAGUGAGAGGUUUAUGAAUGUGACUAUUGACAAACUCAUUUGCAAUGCAACAGUGCUGCUUUGCCAGAUACAACAGUAUAUAGAACGGUAAGCCCUGGUUUAAUGAAGGACAUUUCUGCUUUUUAAAAUACACACAUCAAACAGAUAUAUUGGCACUUAAUUUGUGCUGUGGAAUAUUGAUUUCUAAUUGAUUUUCCUCAGUGGGUUCAGCAUAAAAGUUAGUCACUCCUCUGAGCACUGCAGAUUGGAUCUGUGUUGCAUUUCCCCAAUGCUUGAUUGGAGUAAAACUUGCAAUACGGAGUCAUUACUGAGAGCGCUCCUGUUGGAAAAGGAUAGGGUUCUGUCCGUGAUUUAAAUUGGGAAUAAAAGCUACAGUACACAUUUAAAAGCUGCUAAAAUACUUACUAUACACUUUUUUUUUCUUUUGCAGAAAAUGGCACUAAAAGAAUCCACACAUGCAUAGUCUUCCAAUUAUGCAUAUAGUAUGCAUGCCAGCUAUAAAAACAGGUGCAAAUUGUGUGAUAAAAACAUAAAUCCUUGCUGCUGAACUACCCACAAUGGCUAGAGGUGACACUGGCCUCAUAGUGGUGGCCAAUUAACUUGUGAAAGCUCCAAAAAAUUAACAUCUCUAAGAAAACAUCUGACCUGCAACCAGAUAUUACACAAAGAUCGAAGGUUGCUUCUUUAAGUAAUGUUUGUAGAAUUGUCAUAAAUUUACUCAUCUACCUCCAAUAUUUAAUAGUAAAAUGAAUUGACUGCCAUCUACUUAUGCAUGUUUGUUUUAGUUCAGAAGUCUAAGGUUUAGCAUUCACCCCUAGCAUCCUUUGCAUUUGGUGCUCAAAGUUGUAGAGACAGAUUUAUACCAGCAAACCACAUCCCUAACUGGGACUGACAGUGGCUAGCUUGACGUGGUUUGAGCUCCGUCAAAAAAUGAAAAUGAACAGGAAUGAUUUCGAGACACCCCGUUAUAGCAAAAAGCAUAACUGAACCAGGUUUUAAAUGGAAGCUCAAAUAUUGUGCACAAUCUUUAGCAAAUUAUAAUGAAGCUCGAUUCCAUUCAUAAGAGUAACCUGUGCAAUCCUUCAAUCUGUAUAUUCCUCGUUCUGAAAGUGGGCAGUCUGUCCAGGACACAACAAACAACAAAGCUCUUACUAAUUUUACCAAGGCAGCUUAAUAUUGAUUAUGUCCAUAGCUGCCGUGUAAUUCAGUCAGGAAUUUUAUUAGAGCGGCUGCAGCAUGAGAAGUAGCAGGGCAAUCACUAUUAAGUACAAUCAUUGACCCUUUCCAUGUCAAAACUGUACUGCCAUUUAUGACCAUGACGCAGUACUCCUGCAAUGGCUACCCAAAGGAAUAGCAGCCUGCAGUCCUUUUAAUACCCUAACCCAUCCACGGUAAGCUGCAUGACAUCCUUUUACCGUAUGCUUAGAAACAUGAUCCAUACGUUAGUAUUACUGUCAGCAGCUAUCUUUUAACCACAGUGUUGAACAUUCUUCAAUUGUAGAGCAACAUAGUUAAAGAACAAUGAAUAAGGUUGCCUCAGAAAUUGUUAAAACCCAACAUUCAUGACAUGUAUAUAGUGGAACUACUAUAAUACCACAUCAAGUGGGGAUGUCAUUUUGUAAGGCUGUUUUUGACAAUUUGAAUAAGUCUACCCAGCUCCUGAUCAGUCACAUCUGGGUGACUCUCAAUUACCCAUUUUAUAUUUGUCCCAAUAUAUCUAUUGCAGACAAAUGAGUCUUCCUUCCAACACUCGUUUUUCAAAUCUGUUCAAGUCGGAGUUGGCCAAGUUUUGAAAGUGUUUGUUGUUAUUGCUAUUAUAAUGUUUCUUUUUCUAGUCUGUUUUAGACAGUCAAUAUAAUAACCCUGCAUAUGUGAAUAGUAAACAAUAAAAUGUGUUUAAGAAUCUCUUUGCCGUGUACGAAAAAAUAUAUUGCUUUUUCUUUUCAUUGAUAUUAAAAGUCUAGAUAGUUGUAUAAAGUACUGACAUUUUGAAUUGUCCAUACAGUUUUGUUGUAUAACUUGCAGUUUAUUGAUCUGAAUUUUAGUAUUGCUUUUCAGUUAUAUUUGAGCUGUUGUAGAAAAGAAAAAAAAAAAAAAAAAAAAAAAAAACAGGGUUUGUAAUUUAGGUCUACAGUAAUAACCAAGACUUUUACAUUGUACUAAACUCAGAAAAUAAUACCCUUUGGAUUAGAAGUGCUUUUACUUCAACUGUCUUGCUAUCUGCAGCCUGCAAGGGACUGAAACAAUGGCUCCAAUUAGUGAGUCUGGUAAUAAUGGAGUGCUGUCCAAGGUUUUAAAAUCUAGAAAUACUGCAGUGGUCCCCUUUUUAUUCUGUAGCAAAGACCCUUUGGUUCCUUGCCGUUUAUACAUCCAGUCGGAAUCUGCAGAUAUCGCUCAAGUCAAAGCUACAGCUGAUGCCAUGUGAUAGUGAAUUAAUUCACAUGCUGUAGUUCAAAUGUACAGCAGGAAGCACUGUAUUUGAAUGAUUUUAAGAUAAAAAGCCAACAGAGUGGGACAAACCCGAUUUUUCUAGCACGAAAAGUUUUUCAGAAGCAAGUUGGAUUUGAAAGCAUUGGUGUGUACUCCUAAAGGCAGGGAUGUGUCUCAGAUAAAAGCCACAAGCAGGGAAAACCCUUGCUUCUCUUUGUAUAGUAAUGCUCAUUCUUGGAAUAAUGCACUUAGCCAUCUUUUGAUCCUUUUGAUCUCCCUGAUGUUUUUGCCAUUUGCGCCAUUACAUCAGAUCACAACUACUCUGGCUGGAUUACCAGGUGAAGGGAUCAGAUAUGAAAGAAGUGGUAGCUUUUGCAAACAUAUCCUGAUUCAAGUGCAAGAUAAACCAGCCCAUUGCCAUUAAAACUUUUUUUUUUAGAAUAGAAGAAGCCAAUGAAAAGAGAUCGUUUUUGGACAUUUACCCUAACUCAUUAUAUUGGACAUGUGUGGAUCCUAAUACUGCUGUGUUCAUGUUGGUGAAGCAUGUGCCAUUUCAUUUGUUUUCCUGCGUAUUUUGUAAUUAUAUCUUCAGUAUUUAAGUCUUUAUAAUAUAAACUGUUAUUUUUUUGUUUUAUUAAAUAAGCAACUAUUACUUUUUUGUUUAUGAACAUAUUACAGAGAAAGUAUUUUUUAUUAUUUUUUUUUUUUUUUUAAGCUGCAAAAAUAUCCUGAGAGAAUAAAUCUACAUUCUUCUUUCUUGGUGUCAAACGUCCGGUGAUGACUACUUCUCUUCCGAAGUUUAAAAUUGCUCACAAUUCAAAUGCUAUGCUAGUUAUCGGCAUGACUGGGUUUUGUGUGUGCGUAUACACAUUGCCUUCAGCAUUAUGUUCUUUAUCUGGCUUCUUCCUAGAUUCAGCAAAAAUAGUUGAAUGGAAUGGCAAACUGUACUAUCAUUUGUUAUAAGCAGACUCUUCUAUUGUUGGAUCGAUGUAUAAACUAAUUGGGGCUUUUGUUUCUUAAUGUUUGUGCUGUUUUAUACAGGACCUCAUAAUAACACAACACACCACCUCAUGUAUAUUUCUACGUCCUGGGAGGAAAAACUAAAUUAAUAAUAAUACUGUUAUUUUUGCAUGCUGUAGUUUUAAAAUGAUACACAUACAGUUAAUCAGCACCAGCUACAGAAUUGAGUUUAUAUCACUUGUUUCUCUUGGAUAAAGUAGUUUUCCUGUGUUAGUUUAAUAGCUACCUGAUCUAAUUGUUUCAGUAUAGUGGCGGGUGACUUUUUUUCCUCCCAUGGCUUGUUUUACACCUGUUUGUUUUCUAGCACUUUCAAAACCUGUAAACAGGAGUAUCUUACAUGGAAGCUGAUAUUUUUUUAAUGUGUACUAUUAAGUGCCGUUAGAAACCAUGUAUAGAUUUUUUUUUGUUGAAUAAGAACAGUAUUUUUGAUAAACAAAAUGUGCUGCUGCUCUUUUUUAUUCUUCUUUUGAGUGUCAGCUGUGUGGAAGAUUGAUACAGGAAGUACCAGACCGACAGAUUGACAGCCUAAAGCAAUGCCAAUAAGUCAGAUUUCUGUGUAUCUUUGGAGGGAAAAAAAAUACAGAUAACUCUGUUGUCCAUUAAGUUGUAUACUAGAAGUGUCAUGUACAAAUAUGGAUUUGGAAAAGCAGAAUGUGGGUAGUAACCUUGGAAUGGUAUAGUAUGUGUCUCAUGACGGAAAUACCCAUGUAGUGUCUGUGUUACCGUGUUUUAAAACAUACCUGUUUUGUUAGGCCAUAAAAAGCAGUCUAUUGCUGCUUUAGGCUGUCAAAUUAUAUGGAAUCAAGAACUAGAUCAACUAGAAACCAAACAUGGUUCCAUUUGCUUAACUUGUUCCAUUUUAGAACUUUGCGAGCCUUGUGCAGGUGUGAGUUACGCUGUCUUCAGUGCAUUGUCACCAAGUUUGAGCUUCCAAAGACCAAACUGUCCGAUUCCUUUUUGUAUUAAGUAAAUGCCCCCACCAAGAAGUGCCACAUUUUGUAGCUUAAGCUACAGACUAAUUUCAAGAGUGUUAUUUACCUGGAAAUGACGAUGCGUUCUAGUGUUUUAAACAUUGAGGAUUCACAAGUUGAAUGUGUUGGUUUUCAGAAAUACCUGUCAACACCAGUGACAUGUGCAUAAAGCUUUUCCGACAAAUGAAAUCCACUUUUGGUUUUAAAGAUAACCUAAGAAAUAUAAAAGAUAUAUUGCAAUUUAUUGGGCAACUGGAACACAUGCGAUGGAAAACUUCCACACCUAUUAAUAAUGUCCACACCAUUACUAAUACAAACAGCAUUUCAUUAUAAAACUAAAACCAAAAAAAAAGCUUACCUUAAUACUUCUCAAUUGGCAUUUAGGUACUAAUAUAUUUUUAUGCCUUGUACAGUCAUCAUGCUUUUCUUUGCUGUGUUUAUUAAUACCUGCCCUGUAUCUAUGGACAAUACGCUAGACUGGUAUGUGUGCUUUCUGUAGGUUCUGCCUGUUACUUGUAUUUGUACUGACCUGGUCUCUGGAUCUCUGUGUAUACCUGCUAGUAUUACCUUACAUUAGUACAUCCUCUGCUGGUUAGGCUGUAUUAGUACUGCACUUACCCUCAACCCAUAUUUGUACGAGUAGGUACAGAAUACAUUGGGAAUGGAAUAACUACCUGCAGGAUGAAAAUCUUCUGACAGUGCAUUGACAUUUACAAAUCCCAUUCAGUUGUUUUGGCUAUAUUAUGAGAAAUGAAGCAGAAAUACCUAGUGUUGUGUUUUUUUAUAGCUUAAGUCCUGCAUUCCAACUUCUUUGUGUAUCUAUUGUAUAGUAUGUAGAAGUUGUUUUACCUUGUAUUCUUUAUUACUGCCCUGUUUUAAAAAGAAGAGAUGAGAUGUUUGCAUUCAUUAUUCACUAUAUUUUUAUAUAGCAUUGUAUUUACAUACUACUGGGAAAUGUACAAAAGUAUUUCAGAGAGAAAACCAAAUCAUCUUUUUUUUGUUUUAAAAAAGAUGAGGUUUCUUAAAGGUUUCAUAUGUAAUCAUUGCUGCAGUGUAAGAUGACAGAUUUUUAUAUUGGGUGAUCCAAAGAAAAGUUAUCGCAAACAUAUUUACUUAUUGUACAGUGUUGUACUUUUGACUUUUAUUGUGUUAUCUUUAAAUGAUUAAAAUACAAACCUAUGGUUUAA